AUGGACUCCAUCUCCCCCGAAGUAGCAGAAGGCCUCAAGAACCUCUCACCAAGAGACAAGCAGGAGCUCAACACAUUCGUCACGCAAGAAAACCAGAAAGCACAGAUACAAGCCACCAUCCACAGCCUGACCGACCUCUGCUUCCGGAAAUGUAUCACCAGCAAAAUCUCUGCCGGGCAAUUGGAUAGGAGCGAACAGCCUUGUGUGCAGAACUGUGUCGAUAGAUACAUGGAUGCGAAUAUGGUCGUUAUCAGGCAUUUGGAGCAGAUGAGGACGAUGCAGUAG